CGAUGUUUUACUUUUGUCCAUCGUCCCAGUUAUCGAAAACGAUUCAAGUGAUCGUGGCGAAAUUACUAUUGUCAUUGGCAGUGUUAUUUUGCGUUACGCAAGAUUUCGGUGUCGGUAGUUUUGAAAGUGAUCAAUGGGUUCGGUUGUGUACGUUGACGAGUAAUGGAAGUUCAUUGAUGAACGUAACAAUGCCGUGUGGGGUUUACGUAAAAAGUGACGAACCUAAAGAUGUUCUUAAAGACAAAACUGAUGUUUCAGAAAGUUGGCGCGAAGUAGAUGAUUCACCGGAAUACGUAAAAAUCACACUAGAUGACGACCGAAACACUAAUGCCGCCACCAAAUCCCCCAACAUUAUGACCACUAAACAGGAUAGUAAUCCGAAUAUCAAACACUCCGGUAAUAAAAUAAUUGAAGGAGAUUUAGAAGAAGAAGUAGAUAUAGAAGAAGGAGGUGAUGUACAAGAAGAAGGAAGUGAUGUACAAGAAGAAGGAAGUGAUGUACAAGAAGAUGGAAGUGAUGUACAAGAAGAAGGAAGUGAUGUACAAGAAGAAGGAGAUGCAGACGUCAUCGUUGAAGAUGACAACGAUGAUCGAGAUAUAGAAAUCGAUAGUGUUGAUAAUGACGAAGACCAAUCGACGUACGAUGAAGUAGCUCUGAAUGUAGGAGUUAAUGGAAGUGUUUCCGAAGAGAAAGAAGAUGAUAUUAGUGACGUGAGAGAUCAACUUAAAAAUCAAAGACCUCCGAAUGCCGUAACCAAGGUGAUGCUCGGGUACUUGUUGAAUGCUCGAAGUCAAUUAUAUGAAAAGAUAAAUUAUUUGUUAAAUUUACUGCAACGGACAUUUUUCAAUAGAAAACUUAAUUGUCGACGUCGUCGUAAUUCAAUUGAACUACCGAGUUUAUUAAAUAACAAGAGGAAACAAGAGAAUAAAAAAAACCCGUCGCUUUCCUCUGUGAUCUUAGAACCGACAUUUGAACGUUCAAUGAUGACCAUGUCAUUUUUAAUGUUUGGUGUGUUCGUCAUUCAAGUGAUACAGAAAUUAAUUCAAACGAUGCAACAACCUGGUGAAACCUCAUUUAUGGGUAAUUCAAUAUUUGGUAACCUACUAACAUUGCCAUCGGACAUAUUUUGAAUAUAAUUAAAGUGUAUGUAAUGAGUAUUAACAAACAACGUAGAUUGUCAGUCACAAAUAACAGAUCAGAUAAUUUUACAAAUAAUAAAUGUUGGUAUCUAAAUAAUAAAGUGUGUCAUUAAUUUAAA